AGCCACUCCCUCCAUCUGUUGUUGAUGUUUCCAUGGUAACAGCUAACUUACCACAGGUGAGUCCAAGGCGAACUACACAGCUGAGGAACCGUGGUGAGAACAACAGAUCAAACAUGAACAACCUCUUCUCCAGGGAUAUUCAGGUAAAGACUAUGGAGCAGACAGUGUUACAUGCUGAGAAGUAUCUGGGUGAAAUCUGCUCCCUGCUGGCCUCCUACACCAGGAAAACAGCCAAACUCAGAGACACGACAGACAAGCUGGUGGCUCAGCUCUUUGACUUCUCCAGAACAGAAGACCCUGAACUUCAGGUUGGCCUGAAAAAUCUAGCGGAAGACCUGGCCAUGGUGCAGGACUACAGGCAGGCUGAGAUAGAAAGACUGGAGACAAGAGUUGUUGGUCCUCUCAAAGCAUAUGGAGAUACUGUUAAGAAUAAAAGGACUGAUCUAAAGAACUUCAACACUGACCUGAAGAGAGAGUUGAAACAGCUGCAGAAACUGGAGAAAAUACGACUAAGGAAUCCAGCAGAUCAACAGAGCAUUAUGACUGGAAGAAGGUUCUCUGAACGGACGAGUCCAAGUUUGAACUCUUGGGCUGAAGUAAAUGCCCAGAGGGCUUCCAACAAUGCACAGCGCAAUGUCAGACAGUUGGAAGAGACAAUCACAGAUUUCCAGAGACAGAAACUGGAGGAUAUCAAAAGGAUUUUCACAGACUUCAUCACAGUGGAGAUGCUGUUCCAUGCUAAAGCACUGGAGGUCUAUACUCACACAUACCACAACCUGGAGGCAGUGAACACUGAAAAGGAUCUGGAGCUGUUCUGUGGACGAAUCAAGAUGUCUGACUCUAUGACAGGACUUCUGAGCACAACUCUGAACAGCCACUCUUCUCCCCUCAUGAGUCACUACCCCAGUCCUCGUCCAGCCUCCCUGGAAGGCCGAACCCUCAGAUCAAUGCUGGCCUUUACCACAGGUCAACAACACCACAGCCAGACCCCAGACAGAGCCAGCAGGAGAGGCAUGGAAGAGAAGCUGGAGCAGGAAGAAGAGGAUGAGGAGGAAGAAGAGGAGUAUGAGUCAGAGACAGAGGAAGAACAGCACACCAUCAGGCAGUCUUAUGCUGCUCAAUAUGCCCAGAUGCACAGAUGGCAGAAGUAACCCUGUCCACAAAAACAUACACAGGCACACAGACAUUAACUAUCUGUAUCUAGAGUUGUAAAUCAGAUGUGUUUUGUUCGGUAGUUCAGUCCAUGCUGAAAUAAGCUUGCUGACAGCUGCUUUUCCACCAGUAGUUUUUUCCACAAUGAGCACUAUGAAAUGUUUUGUUCAGAUAUAAAAAUAAUUCAGACUAUUUGUUAAUGAUCUCUGCCAGAAAACAGUCAGACCCAGUAGGAUAAACCUGGAGGGAUCAGCUUUAUUGAUUAAUGGCAUUUGAAUUUUAAAGGGCAAUUCUUGUCAUUGGUGGUUUCUGCAAAACACUGGAUUAGGAUGAAAAUCCACAAUAAAAUUCCAUGAAAGUUACGUGUGCUGUAUGUUCCUGUACCGCCCUGAGUACUGCACCUUUACUGUACCGCUCCAUGAACAAACUAUUCUUGUGUUCGCACUAGACUUUCAUAGAAAGGUGGACAAUCAUUUAAAAUGGAUGUAAUUGUGCAACUUAGAAUUUCUGGCUUUGACCUAGAGAGGGGAAAAACUGGUUGAUUUGUUUUAAAUCAAAAAUCCAUGCGUUAUCGGUAUUUUUCUCUUUGUUGCAAGUUGAACACUGUGUUGUACCCAAAUAAAAUGCUUUACCAUCAUA